CUUGAUGCCACGUUCACUGGGUGAAAUCCACAGCAGACUUCGCCUUAUCUCCCACAUCUCCAUCUGGAUACAACUUGGGUUUGGACUUGAGUUUAUUCCUCUCUGAUUUCUUCACUUGGUCGGGUAUCUGGUGUCUUACCUGGCACUUAACCUUAACAAUUGGCGACUCUGUGUUGAAAAUGUAUCUAGCCUGCCAAAGCAUGCGCUCAACAGUGUGAUUCUCAUGAGGCUAUAACAAGCUUGAGCGCUUCCACCCAAACGGCUUUGAAAAGGUGGAAGGAUGAAAUAUGCAUCAUCCAGCUGAUGUUGUUCGGUAACGUAGGAAACUAUAGACGGGGGUUGAUGCGCACCUUUUGGAGCUACUCACAUCUCCGACAGGUGUGCGGCUGUGCGCAAAGCGGAUCUGACUGCGGUGCAAAGUACUAAUAUUCUCCGGGCAGACAGUCGUCCUGGGUGCGUGUCCAACUGUUUGGACUAAACGCCGAGUGUAUCUAACAUGUGGACCUGGGACGCAUGCAACAGAGAGCCCUAACCAUGAGGAGGAGCCGACACCGCGCAAAUAUGGGACUUCUCUUGCUAUUCAGAUGGCUUGUAUUCACAGUGGUGGUGCCCGCCUGGCUGCUUGCUGCUCCAAGUGGCAUCCGUGAGCGUCCCUGCCUCCAGAGCUGUAGAUGUGAUGGGAAAAUAAUAUACUGUGAAUCCAAUGCCUUCCGUGACGUGCCAAACAAUGUGUCUGUGAGCACCCAGGGCCUCUCCCUGCGUUACAACAGCCUGGUGAACCUCCGAACACACCAGUUUGCAGGCCUGAGUCAACUAGUGUGGCUCUACCUCGACCACAAUUACAUCAAUGAUGUGGACGGCCAGGCUUUCCAUGGGAUACGGAGGCUGAAAGAACUGAUUCUCAGCUCAAAUAAGAUCACACUGCUCAAAAACAACACUUUUCAUGAUGUUCCGAAUUUACGCAAUCUAGACCUUUCCUAUAAUAAACUGCAGGUUCUCCAGCCUAAUCAGUUUGUGGGUCUGCGAAAACUGCUCAGUUUACACUUGAGAUCAAACUCCUUGAAAACUGUCCCCAUGCGAGUUUUCCUUGACUGUCGCAACCUGGAGUUUCUUGAUAUUGGCUACAACAGGCUACGGAGCCUCACACGUAACGCCUUUGCUGGACUCCUUAAGCUCAUCGAGCUUCAUCUGGAGCACAACCAGUUCUCAAAGAUAAACUUUGCUCAUUUCCCCCGCCUGACUAACCUGCGGGCGCUGUAUUUGCAGUGGAACCGUAUCAAAGUGCUGACCCAGGGCCUGCCGUGGAUGUGGACCUCCUUGCAAAAGUUGGACGUCUCUGGGAAUGAGCUCCAAGUGUUGGACCCGAGUACGUUUCAAUGCCUUCCUAAUCUGCAGACUCUUAACCUGGACUCCAACAAGCUGAGCAAUGUGUCUCAGCAGGCAGUGGAGGCUUGGAUCUCCCUCACCACAAUCAGUCUGGCUGGUAAUUUGUGGUACUGUAACCCAAAUAUAUGUCCCCUAGCGGCCUGGCUCAAGGCCUUUAAGGGUAACAAGGAGACCACUAUGAUUUGUGCCGGCCCAAAGGAGGCCCAAGGAGAGAAAGUGACCGAUGUGGUGGACACUUAUAACAUUUGCACAGCAACACCGGCCCCCGUCCCAUUAACAACAUCUCCCCUCACCUCUGCAUUUCAACCUGAGCUGCUGUCUCUUCCCACAGAGUCUGUGGAGGAUAAGAAGCAGAUCUGGAACAGGACAGCCUCCCCUACUCCCUACGAGGCCACCCCCACCUUCUCUUUGCCAGACACUGAGUAUGUUUCCUUCCAUAAGAUCAUAGCUGGUAGUGUGGCACUCCUCUUAUCCGUGGCUAUAAUUCUGCUGGUAAUCUAUGUCUCGUGGAGGCGCUAUCCCAGCAGCUUAAAACAGCUUCAGCAGCGCUCAGGAGUCAAAAAGCGCCAGAAAAAUGCACGGGAGACCGAGCGCUCCCUUAAUUCACCACUGCAAGAGUACUAUGUGGACUACAAGCCUUCACACUCAGAGACUAUGGAUGUGCUGGUUAAUGGGACAGGACCUUACACAUACACCAUCUCAGGCUCCAGGGAAUGCGAGGUAUGACCGUUGCCCUCCAAAAAUCCAUUUCCACUGCGAGGCAUGAGAGAUACCGCAGCAGCUGAGCGCUCUUACGUUGUAUAGGUGUGAGCAGUCUGCUCUGGAUUACUGCCAUGCCCACCUGUUGCUGCACCUCAACAUGGGCAUGGAGCACCCAACUCAGGCAUUUGGAGGUCCGAGGCCAGCCAAGUACCACCCUGGCCUCAUGCCUCCCCUCCCCUCCGAGCCUGUGCUGCCUUGCCCCCAGACCCGCUCCCUCCACCAGUGAGCUGUUUACACUGUGAGCCUCUGUGUCUGAAAUACUGACUGCUGCACAGAAUCAGUGCAAACAUGAAACACCAGGCUGUGUGGGAGGGAACUGGGACUGGUAAAGAAGCAAAGGAGACUUAUUCAUCUACUGCAGAGCAUCCUGGACCCAGGGUAAUGAAAAUGGAGAUAUUUCUCAGUGGAAAUAAAUGGGUGCUGCCAUAUUGAUUAGUAAAGCUUCUGACCCACCUGACCCACCUGACCCUCAAUGUCCUCAAUUAGAAAAGGAGGCUGAACAGCAGCAUGACUUUCCGCGUUCUGCUCUGCCUCCUAAGGAAUAUUAAGGCUAAUAAUUGAAUGAUUUUGUUAAUCUUAUUAAACGUGUUUCCUCGGCUGCUCCUCAUCUGGACACCUCUCUGCUGCGUCAGGUUAAAUAAUCAAAUCCAAAAUGCUAUUAACAGAGAAGUAUGAUAAGCAGUUGAGAAGCAGAACAAAUGAAAGAUCAGCCAAGCUAAAAUAUUUUCUGCUGCUUUCUUCUGAUCAUGCUGUCAGUCAGAGCGCUCUCCCCCACUCAGUCCCUGUGGCGUUUUUCAUCUGGAGGAAUGAGCCACCCAAAUAAAAUUAACAAAGACAAGAGAAAAGAGAAAAUAACGGACAGUAAUUGUUAUAUAAAAUGUACAGCCUACACAUCUUGCCGGCAGUAAGUAUAAUUUACAUGGUGACUUUUGAUUUCCCUCAUGAUUUUGGGUGUCGAUCACAUUAUAGUUGAUUCGUGCUGAGAAAUAAACAGAUGAAAAAUAAACACCAGAUCUCGGUGCACUGGGAUGUUCGGAUAUUUACUUUUCGUCAUCCAUUUAAAUCACUCUUGUAGUUAAUGUUUUGUUGUUUUUGAAAUGUGUUCUACAACCAAUAAUCUGAUUGUGCACUCAUACUGUAUAUCUACAUGUGUGUGCUUUUUACAAGAUGUUGCAUUAUAAUAUAUGGUAAAUAAACUGUGGUAAAUGACCAAUAACAGUGUCUUUCAUCAAGAUCAGUGGUAUCAACCCAACACACUCUCUGCUGUAUUUCAACAGCUGUGUAAUUAGUUAAGAAUGGAAAGUGCAGCUCUUAAGGAAAGCCUGAUGAAGAAUCAUGUCUGUUUUUUGCAUUACUGAUCUCUUCCUGUGACUGUAUGUGAAAGUUAUCUGACGUAAUACAGUAUACUCCACUCUCUGAA